UCGUGUGAUUGGGGGAAGACAGAGUAGUUACACACUUUCUCCUCUCGUUUGUCCAUGUGGCAGCUUGCGUUUCACCACUUCUCCGCCCCAUCCUCUCCUUCCAUUCAGUCAAUAUAUAUAUAGAGAGAUAAUUAAGCAAAUGAAUAAAUAAUCUGUGCGAGUUAAAACGUCUUGUGGUGUAGUGUUCCCCAUUUGACGCACACAGAGCGAGACGAUUAUUGGAUUGUUUCUUUCUCUAUUUGCUUUGAUCAAUUUUUUUUUAAUUAGAAUAAAUAAGCAGAUGCGUAUUGCAUGGUUAGGGUAUUGCCGAGGAGCGUUGAAGAUGCCUUCAGGACGGCACGUUAUAACGACGUGCGGCUUCCGGUGGUAUGCCGACAAAGCCACAAGAGUGAGCCUUUCGGCAUAUUCAGGGGAGAGAAUCCCCUCAAUUAUGACUUUUCUCUCUUCUUGCUCCACACCCUUGUUAUCAUUUUCUUCAUCAAAGCCGUCACCUUUCUCCUCCGUCCCCUCCGCCAGCCUCGCAUCGUCUCCGAGAUCAUUGGAGGCAUGAUAAUAGGACCGACGCUGCUGGGACAGAACCGGAGAUUCAACUACUACGUGUUCCCACCGGUGGCAGAUUACUUGCUGGCAAACUUGGGGGUUGUGGGUUUCAUGUAUUUUUUGUUCAUCACAGGCGUCAAAACAGACAUUGCAGCUGUCACAAAGUCCCCAAGGAAGCACAAGUACAUUGCUGCCUUUGCAGUCGUGGUUCCUUUCGUAUGCGUCAGCAUUGUUGCCCUGGCCUCACGCCACCACAUGGACGAAGGGUUCAAGAGGAUAUCAGUGCUGGGGGGAGUGGCGUCUUCGCUGGCCAUCACAACCUUCCCGGUGAUAUACACCGUUCUUCAGGACGCGAAUCUACUCAACUCGGAGGUUGGAAAGUUGGGCAUGUCGGUGGCACUUCUUGGGGACUUCAUCGGGAUAUUCGUUCUCGUAAUAUUCGAGGCCAUGCUGCAAUAUGAUGCCGCUGGUCUUAUGGCCCUCCUCUUCUACCUCCUCUCCGUCUUUGUUCUUGCUGCCUUCAUGUUAACUGUUGUGAGAUGGGCUUUGAAUUGGGUCAUCCUCCAUACUCCAGAGGGUAAACCCGUCGACCAGACCUACAUCGUCUUCAUUCUCUUGGGUGUCAUGUUCACCGGCUUCCUCACCGACAUGUUCGGAUUGGGCGUAGCGGUUGGAUCCAUUUGGCUGGGGCUUCUGAUACCAAACGGCCCACCGCUUGGUUCGACCCUGGUGGCUCGGAGUGAGACCAUUAUCGUUGAAAUUCUGACGCCGUUUUCCUUCGCCUUGGUGGGACUCUACACCAACGUUUACCUCCUCACCCACGAGACUUGGCCUCAGCAUCUGGCCCCACUCUUUGCCAUGACCAUCGUCGGCUACCUCGCCAAGUUCAUAUCCACCACCGCUGCUGCUUUGUUACUAAAAGUCCCCGCCAGGGACAGUUUCACCUUGGGCCUCAUCAUGAACCUCAGAGGUCAGAUCGAGCUCUUGCUUUACUUGCAUUGGAUCGACGAACGGAUGAUCGGACUUCCCAGUUUCACGCUGAUGGUACUGCAAACUUUGGUCAUCACUGGCUUAUCCUCCCCCAUCAUUACCCUCCUCUACGACCCCACUCGGCCCUACAGGAGCAGCAAGCGCCGAACCAUUCAGCACACCCCACCCUCCACUGAGCUUGGCUUGGUUAUGGCUGUCUCCGACCACGAAACCCUGGCCGGCCUCAUCAGCCUCCUCGACUUCGUAUAUCCCACCAUUACGAGCCCCUUUGGCGUGUUCGCCAUCCAACUGGUGGAACUGGUGGGCCGAGCCGCGCCCGACUUCAUCGAUCACGAAGAGAGAGGCGAAGAGGGAGAGGACCGACAUGUAACGGGCGGCCGGGAGGACCCCGUCCAGAAUGCUCUGAGGCUGUACCAGGAGAAAAGAGAGGAAUGCGUGAAUCUACACACUUACACCGCUCACGCCCCAAAACGCCUCAUGUACCACGACAUAUGCGAGCUUGCCUUGGCCAAGAAGACCGCCUUCAUUCUCUUGCCCUACCAGAAAGAGCGUCUGGACGAUGCAGCGCCCACCGAGCUACGGGACAGGGGGAUGGUGACCGUCACGGACGACGUCUUGGCCCACGCCCCUUGCUCCGUCUGUAUUUACUAUGACAAGGGGCGCCUCAGGAGCCCUCUCACCCUGGACCACUCUAUGCGUACAAGGAAAGAAAAGCAGAGAUUCGCAGUGCUCUUUCUGGGAGGAGCGGACAACAGAGAGGUCCUGCACCUCGUGGAGCGGAUGACAGGGAACCCCGACAUAACCCUCACCGUUAUACGAUUCCUAUCUCUGGGGCACGACGGGGACGACGAGAGGGAGAAGAAGCUGGACGACGGGGUGGUGACGUGGUUCUGGGUGAAGAACGAAGCCAACGAGAGGGUCACUUACAAGGAGGUGGUGGUGAAGAACGGUGCGGAGACGUUGGCGGCAAUUCAGGCCAUGAACGUCAACGAUUACGACCUCUGGAUUACGGGGAGGGGAGAAGGAAUCAACCCGAAGCUUCUAGAAGGCUUGACGACGUGGAGCGAAGACGAUCAGCUCGGCGUCAUCGGAGACACGCUCGCAGCCAGAGAGUUCUCCAGCCACGGCUCCGUCUUGGUCGUGCAGCAGCAGGUCCGCAACCAUAACACUCGUGUUAGUUUCUUCCACCGAAACUUUGACUGUAAAACUCUAUUUGCUCACAUUAGGGUUUUCUUUUUCAUGUCUUUUGUAAUAUGAUAUAAUAUAAGCCAGCCAAUGAAAUUAAAUUCAAGUCAAAGUUAAACUACAGGCCCAUUGGGCUGUGAUUGCGUGCACUUA